AGAUAUUGUGGAUUUACUCUGAUAAAUUGUAGUGUCCUUGGAAUAGUUUAAGCCCCUUGAAAUGAGACUUCUGGAAUUCACAAAAGUUGUGCCAGAAAGUGGUGUGGGGCUGUAGAGGUUUGGAUGAAACAUGCACAUGUACUGUUGAAGCAAAAGAACCUUGAGAAAGAAGAAGCUGUCCUCAUUAUGAAUGGUCAAAUUCGUGAAGAAAGGCAAGAAAAAACCGGGGAGCUUUUGGAAGGGUCACAAGGAGCAAGCGACUCAAGGAUGUCACAGAUGUUGCCAUAUUCUGAGGAUGUUAACCAACUAGUUGGUGAUCGCUUGCAUGGGAUGUCGAAUGGUGUUACUUCCCUGGCAUCUUUAUUUAGAGAAUCCAUGGUGAAAUUAUAUUUGUCUUUGAAAUCUCAAAGCAAAGUUCCACUAGUUGUAGUGAUUACCCUUGUUAUGAUUCUUCUACUGAUGCAACUAAGCAUAGUCAUGCUCCUAAGUAGACCUCAACAAGUCCAAUUGAUUCCUCAACCCGAUUACAUGAGUACCAUGUGUAGUUUAAGCGAACGAAUGCCUGAAACGAUGGCUUGGGUGGAGAAGCGGAUUGACCAUCUCAAGGACGAAAUGCAUGUGAUCGAGACCUUGCUAGAAAAGAUGCAGACCUUGCUAGAAAAGAUGCAGCACGAGCACACAUUCUUGAAAGCACAACUGAAAGAUCUAGAGUACUUAAGAAGGCAGCAAAGAUGAUAGGUAACUGUAUAUCUGCCCAUUCUUCAUUAUGCUGAUAAAUGUUCAUUUGAUUUUCAUUUGUUUUUUUUAUUAUUUUAAAUUCAAUUUGUAAAUCUGAAAGAUACAUUUCAAUCUGGAAGAUGAGAAAAUUGAUGUUGAGCUUGUUCUAAUCACAAGUUGUGUACAACAUUGCUGGCCUGGCCUCACAUUUUAGAACUUGGCAUUUGUGCUUGUGAGAUUAUGCUUGUGGACUCAGGACAACCUUGUUACUUGUAUUUGUUUCUAUAAUAUAUAUACACAUUCCAAGGUCUUGUUUGCUAUU